AUGAGCACUGACACCAGUGGCGACUCGAUCUCUCGAGUUGCUUCGCUCGUGGUGGUGCUUAGGGGCAUCACCACCAUCACCAAGCGUUCUAUCGUUGGAUGGACUUGCGUAGGCGAAGACUCGUCGGAACAAUCGCUCAGUCCAAAGAUCUCGAGCAUGAUGCCGCUACGUUCACCAGAGCCAGUCAACCUGGCUCUUGCAGUGUCCGCCGCGGAUGAUCCGGAGGCGUGA